AUGUCGACAAGCCCCCCACACCAGGCCGACCCGUGGUCUAGUAAACGACUACAAUACCGCGCUGUUCGCCCCAGCGACAUAUCUGUCUUCCACGCCAUAAGCGCCGAUUACUCUGGCUUCGCAAACAGUAACUUCAACAACAUCAAGCUGCCAAGCACCUCCGAUUCAGAAUCUUUCAUGAAAGGUUUGCUUGACGACUGCCUUCUGGGUGCCAUCAUCUGGCUACCCCACCCAAUAGAAAUAAGCUCAAUGAGUGACGAGGAAAGGGAAAAGGAAUUUGCGCGUAGAAGGAAGACUGGUGAAGUCGUGGACGAGCAAUUUGGUACCGCUGUCGGUGAGAUUCAUUUGAGUGCGUUGCCAAUGCAUAAACAGCAUCACCGGAACACUGAGAUUGGACUUGAUAUCUUGCCAAAAUAUCAAGGCAAAGGGUAUGGCUCUGAGGCUAUCUAUUGGGCACUUAAUUAUGCCUUUAGACGAGCAGGUCUGCAUCGAGUUAAAGUUCGAGCGUUCACCUACAACGAAGGUGCUGUUCGGUUGUAUGAGAAGUUGGGAUUUAUGGUUGAGGGGAGGGAGAGGGAGUGCGUGUGGCAUGAGGGACGGUGGUGGGAUGUCGUAACAUUGGGUAUGCUGGAGGGAGAAUGGCAGAGAUUUCGCGACUGA